CGUGUACACAAUCGGUCGCAAUGUCGGGGAACCUAACCCCUCUGAAUAUUAAGUUUGUGUUUUUCGCGUAAUAAUGACCGAGAAAUCGUUCGACAAGCUCCAGUUGAACCCUUGGAUCAUUCGCCAGUGCGCCACUAUAGGUGUGCGCAGCCCUACACCCAUCCAGACCAACUGUAUUCCCCCAAUUCUCGCCGGUAGGGACUGUAUCGGGGCUGCUAAAACCGGCAGUGGCAAAACCCUAGCAUUUGCCUUGCCCAUUCUCCAGAAAUUAUGCGAGGAUCCUUACGGUAUUUUCGCUCUUAUUUUAACCCCCACACGAGAACUGGCGUUUCAAAUCGCUGAUCAGUUUGCAGUCAUUGGCAAAGUGAUGAAUUUGCGCCAUUGUGUCAUUGUGGGGGGUAUGGAUAUGGUGGUUCAGGGCAAAGACUUAGCCCGAAAACCCCACAUUGUGGUGGCAACGCCUGGCCGCUUAGCUGACCAUUUAGAAAGUUGCAACACGUUUAAUUUUAAUAAAUUGAGGUUUUUGGUGCUUGAUGAGGCCGAUCGUUUGUUAGGGGGGCACUUUGACGAACAAAUCAAAACGAUUUUUCAAGCAUUGCCUAAGGAGCGCCAAAAUUUAUUUUUCUCAGCCACGAUCACCGAUACUUUAGAAAAACUGAAAGAUGUGACAGGGAAAGAUGUUUUUUUCUAUGAAGCCCCGGCUGAAGUAGCAACUGUUGAACAAUUGGAACAAAACUAUGUAUUGUGCCCCAAAGAUGUGAAAGACGCUUAUUUGGUUGAGACAAUUAGGACGUAUCGUGCUACAAAUGACGGAAAUAUCCUUAUUUUCACUAACACUUGCAAGAAUUGUCAAGUGUUGUCAAUGACUUUAAAUGAGGUCGGUUUUGAAAAUGUGGCCCUUCAUGCCAUGAUGAAACAACAACAGAGAUUAGCAGCUUUGGCUAAAUUUAAAUCAAACACAAUUAAAAUUCUUCUAGCCACUGAUGUUGCAAGUAGAGGUCUUGAUAUUCCCACCGUUCAAUUAGUAAUUAAUCACAAUAUUCCUAAAAUACCGAAGGAAUACAUACAUAGGGUUGGUAGAACUGCCAGGGCUGGGAGAAACGGCAAAGCGAUAAGUUUGGUCACCCCUUACGACAUCAAAUUGUUACAAGCGAUCGAACAACACAUUAAUACGAAAUUAACUGAAUUUAAAUUGGACGAUAGCGAAGUUGGUAAAAUUUUCACGCAAAUUUCGGUAACCAAAAGCGAGGCUUAUAUUAAACUCGACGAACAAGAUUUUUACGAAAAGAAAAUGAUAAAUAAGAGGAAAAAGUGGAUGAUGGAAGGGCUUGAUCCAGACGAGGAAGAAGAAAAAUUUUUAAAGACAAUCAAAAAAAGCAAGAAGGCGAAAAAGAAGAAACAAAAGAAUGACAAUUGAAAUUUUAAAUAUUUUUGUAAAUUGAGCACAAAUAAAUUUUCUAAAUCGUU